CCCCUGCCCCCCCAUCCCUGCCUGCGCCCGGCGCUGCCUGGGCGCGGAGCGGUGCGGAGCGGGUGCGCUCCUGGCGCGGGGCCGCCAUGGCGUGGCCCUGCAUCACCCGCGCCUGCUGCAUCGCCCGCUUCUGGAACCAGCUGGACAAAGCCGACAUCGCCGUCCCGCUCGUUUUCACCAAGUACUCGGAGGCCACCGAGCAUCCCGGCGCUCCCGCGCAUCACCUUCCUCAGCCUCCUCCUCCUCGCCCCGCUGCCCCCAUCGAAACCCAGCCCGCUGGGGAGGCAGCGGCGGCGGCGGCAGCAGCGGCGGGGGUUGGAGGUGGCGGGGAAGCGGUUCCCGGUGCUACGCGCCCCGGCCCGGCUCCCCACUCCUCUCCCCCCGCUGAUUCGGUGAUGCGACACGAUUACAAACCCUGGAAGGUGCAACGACCGGAACCCAGCUGCAAACCCAAAAGCGAGUACCAGCCCUCGGACACCCCCUUCGAGAAGGAGACCCAGUACCAGAAGGAUUUCCGUGCCUGGCCCAUCCCUAAACGCGGGGAUCAUCCCUGGAUCCCUAAACCGGGACCUUCCCCAGUCCUUGCCCUGGACCGCGGCUCCCCGGAGAAACCAGCUCAGGAGAAAAGACGGAAGGUUCUUCCCGAGAAGAAGGAGGAAGAUGCCGAGGCGGAGGAUGAGCAUCCCAAAGGAACACGGGCCGGGGAUGGGAGAGAGAAGGGUCGGAAGAAGGUGGAGGAGGCGGGCGGGGGCAGGGCGGCCGCCGAUGCUCUCAACAGGCAGAUCAAGGAGGAGGUGGCAGCGGGGGUCAGCUCGUCUUACAGAAACGAGUUCAGACCCUGGGUAGAUGUCAAGCCUGUGAAAGCUAUAAAAGCCAAGCCCCAGUACAAGCCACCAGAGGAGAAAAUGACUCAUGAGACCAGUUACAGUGCUCAGUUCAAAGGGGAGAGCAGUAAGCCCACUGCAGCCGACAACAAAUACCUGGAGCGCAGGAGGAUACGCACCCUCUACAGUGAGCCCUACAAAGAACCACCCAAGGUGGAAAAACCCAGUGUGAAGCCUUCCAAACCAAAAAAGACCACCACAAGCCAUAAACCCCUGAAAAAGGCCAAAGACAAGCAGCUGGCGUCCGGCCGCGCUGCCAAGAAAAAGAGCGCCGAGACCUCCAGCGCCGCCAAGCCAGAGGACAAGGAGAGAAGGAAAGAGAUGAACAAUAAACUGGCUGAGGCAAAAGAGAGCCCUGAGAAAAACACUGGUGCUACAGACCAAGAACCAUCAACCCUAGUGCAGGACCAACCCACGUGAAGCUGAGAACCUCCUUCUGAGCUAAGCGGUUGGAGCAAACGCGUAGCUGGAGCAGCCAUAGAGUUGGAGCCUAUAGUCUGCAUGAAAUGUGUCUUGUCUGGCUGGCAAACAAUAAAGCUGAUGAUCAGAGUCGA